AUGCUUGAGUCUGCUGCUUCUGUGACCUACUUUCCUGCACCACCGACAAGGCCCAGAGCAGAGCAUCCAGGAUCACAGCCAGUGUCAUCAAAGCUGCACGAUGGUUGGUGGGCAUACAAAGAUGUUGUCCAGGGGAGCUUUAUACCAGUGCCAUCUUUCUGGGGACUAGUUAACACUGCCUGGAACCUGUGCACGAUUGGGAAGAGACAGUCGCCUAUCAACAUCGAAACCAGUCGAAUGAUUUUUGACCCCUUCCUCAAUCCGCUACGACUCAAUGCAGGGCAACGGAAGGUCAGUGGAACGAUGUAUAACACGGGCCGACAUGUGUCCCUGCGCCCAGACAAGUCACACCUGGUGAACAUCUCUGGCGGGCCGCUGAGCUACAGCUACAGGCUGGAGGAGAUCCGGCUUCACUUUGGCACCGAGGACAGUCGGGGCUCUGAGCACCUGCUCAACGGCCAGGCCUUCCCUGGAGAGGUGCAACUCAUUCAUUAUAAUCAGGAUUUGUAUUUAAAUUACAGUGAUGCCAUCCGGAGUCCUAAUGGAAUUGCAGUUGUUUCCAUCUUCAUGAAGAUUUCAGAGCCUACAAAUUUAUUUCUAAAUCGUAUGCUGAACAGAGAGACCAUUACAAGGAUUACAUAUAAACAUGAUGCAUACUUACUGAUGGGGCUCGAUAUUGAGGAGCUGUAUCCCGAAACCUCCCGUUUUAUCACAUAUGAAGGGUCAAUAACUAUUCCACCGUGCCUUGAGACAGCAACCUGGAUAUUAAUGAAUAAGCCAAUUUACAUCUCACAGAUAGAGAUGCAGUCUCUUCGUCUCCUCAGUCAAAACCAGCCCUCUCAGAUCUUCCUCAGUAUGGGUGACAACAUGCGGCCGGCGCAGCUACUACACCAGCGCUGCAUCCGCACCAACAUUAACUUCAGUCAGAGACGGGACUGUCCUAACAACCGUGUGCUGAGGCCGCAAUACAGAGUGAAUGAAUGGCUUCUGAAAUAACAGCUUGACGUGGAUUAGUUACUACAGCAAUCAAGUAAUAGCUGAAGAAUAUGGCCAACAGACAAUACAAUGAGAUGAAGACAAAGGACUUAA